AUGGCUUCUCCCACAGAAGAACGCAUUUGUUUGUGCUUGUGCCUCUUCCUCUUCCUUCAUCUUUCAACUUCAACCACAGAGAACCCAAUUCCAGCGCCAUGGCCGGAACAGUUCCACUCAGUUCUAUUCAUCAACAGAAGCGGCAAUCUUCAAAAAACAGACUUAUGGUACGAUUGGCCCAACGGACGCAACUUCAACAUCAUCCAGUAUCAGCAAGGUGUUCUCAAAUACGACCUUGAAUGGAACAACGGUACCUCUUUUAUCUACACUCUCCACCCUUUCAACCGCACUUGUAAAAAGCUUCAUUUUGAUGUCGGAAUUCUCCGACCCAAUUGGCUCCAAGGUGCUAACUAUUUAGGCCAAGAGUAUGCUGAUAAUUUUCUGUGUAAUGUUUGGGAGAAAGUCGAUUUUAUUUGGUACUACGAGGAUGUUCUCACUAGAAGACCCAUCAAGUGGAUCUUCUUCUCAGGAAUGAUUUCUCAUGUGAUGACAUUUGAAGUUGGUGCAGUGCUUGAAGAUGAGCAUUGGCAGGCUCCUGUCUAUUGUUUUAGUAAGUCAGAGCCGAAACCUCGGAUACACAACAUAAUGAGCAGCUCCUUAUUAGAUUUAGAACCUGCUGAUGGUCGUGGUCGUGGUGAUGAUGCUUUUCGUCGGACAUUAAUGAGUGAGAUGAGAUGA